CACCCAAACGUGAUGUAAGAAAACGGAUACUCAGUCUUCUCGUAGAUGUCAAUAUGGACGUUUCGCAGCAUACAGCAUACAGAGCAGACUACGAAUGGGCCAUUGAAUUAAAUCGGCUCAGUUUAACAUUGCUCGGCGUUUGGCCAGAGAACCAUGAAACAAAGCAGAAAAAAUUAAUGUCGGACAUACGUGUGAUCAUUUCAUUUAAUUUACUUACUUGGAUCUGCCUUAUUCCAUCUCUACAUUCAUUGCUGAAAAUUUACGAUGACAUAAUGUCAACAAUCGAUAAUUUACAGUACACCUUGCCGCUUCUGAUGGCGAUGAUAAAACUAUUCAUCAUUUGGCAAAAAAAAUAUGACAUUCUACCUAUAUUGAAUAUGAUCAAAGACGAUUGGCUGAGACCAAAGACGUCGGAAGAAAGGAACAUUAUGAUAAAGCAAGCGCGAAUAGCACGCCUUCUCACGAUAUUUGGUUGUUUCAUGAUGUUACUAUCUGCCAUUUUUGCCCUCGUUCUUCCCCUUUUUGGCAUUUCAAUGAGAUAUAGGACAAAUAGAACGGAUCCAGACAAAUCUUUACCAUUACAAACGCACUAUAUCUACGAUAAGGACAAGAGUCCAUUUUUCGAAAUAACGUAUGUUUUACAGUGUAUUGCAGUAACGCUGAUCGGCGUUAUGUACUCUUGUACGGAUAGCUUCCUGAGUUUGCUCGUCUUUCACGUGUGUGGUCAACUUGUAAAUCUCAAGGAACGUUUGAUCGAUCUUGAUAAGUUUCAGGACUUCAGGAAUGCCCUAUCAUACAACAUUCGGGAUCAUAUGCGUCUUAUCAGAUCUAUCAAUAUCAUUGACAACGUGUUUACUAUAAUGCUGCUAGGAGCACUCCUUUACUUUGGCAUAUUAUUCGCUUUUUACGGUUUUUUAUUUGGUACUAUGUUUAGCCAAGGUCGAAACCUUUCUGUUACACGUUUAACUUUCAUCCUGAUAGUAUCUCUCAAUACAUUUAUGCAUAUGUUUCUCUACUGUGUUUUAGGUGAAAUUUUGUUUGCACAAUGCGAGGCAGUUUACCAUGCUGCAUAUGAAUACAAGUGGUACACGUUGGAACCAAAGAAAGCGAGGAAUAUAUUGAUGAUAAUGAUUCGUGCCAAUAAACCAUUGUAUCUUACUGCGGGAAAAUUGUUUCCAAUGACUAUGGCAAUGUUUUGUAACGUAAGAUUAUAAUGUAACAUAUGUACCCAGCAAACACAAAGUAACAGUUGUUAAAAACAUCAGGUGGUUAUAUUUCGGUUUUAUUGGCGCAUCGAGAAUAAAAAACAAAAAUCUAGAAACCAAUCUAUCUAUUUCUAAUUUUGUGGGAGAUGUAACAAUUCAUAUAUUUGUAUAGUUAUUUGUUAUUUUAUGUACUCUGCGAAUAUUAUGUUCACUUAAAGGAAUAUGUACACAUCAUGUACUCAUUAUAUGUAAUAACUUUCCCCUCACAGCUAAUAAUUAAAAUUUAUAUUCUUUUUCUCCA